AUGCACCCUCUCCCUGCACCCCUACUACACGGGCACCCUCUCUUUGCACCUCCACCAUGUGUGCACCCUCUCCUUGCACCCCUGCUGUGCACACCACUCCUGAACCCCCACUGUGCGUGCACCCUCUUCCAGCACCUCCAGUGUGUGUGCACCGACUCCUGCACCCCCGCUGUGUGCAUACCCUCUCGCUGCACCCCUAUUACAUGCGCACCCUCUCCGUGCACCUCCACCGUCUCCCUGCACCCCUACUAUGCGUGCACCUUCUCCCUGCACCCCCGCUGUGCGCGCACCCUCUCCCUGAACCCCUACUACACGCGCAUCCUCUCCCUGCACCCUCGCUGCGCGGGCACCCUCUCCCUGCACCCUCAUUGCGCGUGCACCGUCUCCCUGCACCCCUACUAUGCAUGCACCCUCUCCCUGCACCUCCACCGUGUGUGCACCCUCUCCUGCACCCCCGCUGUGCACUCACCCUCUCCCAGCACCCUCAUUGAGCGUGCACCGUCUCCCUGCACCCCUACUAUGCAUGCACCCUCUCCCUGCACCUCCACAGUGUGUGCACCCUCUCCUGCACGCCCGCUGCGCGCGCACCCUCUCCGUGCACCCCUACUAUGCGCGCACCCUCUCCCUGCACCCCUACUACGCGCGCACCCUCUCCCUGCACCCUCAUUGCGCCUGCACCGUCUCCCUGCACCCCUACUAUGCAUGCACCCUCUCCCCGCACCUCCACCGUGUGUGCACCGGCUCCUGCACCCCCACCCCCACCCCUGCGCCCGGCGGAGGGACCCCAGCCCGCCGCCCGCAGGUGCCGCGCUGCGCAGUCCCGACCCGCCGCCGCCGCCGCCGCCGCGCGCACGGGAGAGGGAAACCGCGCGUGUUGGGGCCCGGCUUUGCUGCGAAGAUCAAAGGGCCCGCGACCCCCGAAGCGCCGCUGGCCCCGAGCAGACGUCGUGCUCAGCACAUUCGCCCCAGAGCCGGUCGCGCCGCGGGGGCUGCGGCUGCGCUGCUGUGUCAGCUCCCGGCAAAUGA